AUGCAGACAUUAAACGCCAUUCAAUUCUUCUGUCAGGAGAGCCUCUUCCUGAGCACACACGAGCCAUGCUGCAUGUGUGUUUCCGCCAUCGUUUGGGCCGGAUACAAGAAGAUCAUCUACCUGUUUCCCUAUGAAUCCACCAGAGAUCAAGGGAUCCCGCACGAUCUGCAGAUUAUGCACGAGCUUUGGGCAGUGGAGCGGUACCAGGCUUGCAACAAGUUCUGCGCCUCCGCAGGCAUCCCAGAUCUCAUUGAAGCUUUGCCAGAGAAGGCACGGGCUCCAUUGAAGGAGCAGGUGGCGCGGAUCACGGCCAGGUACGCGGAGCUCUCGCAGAAAUACCAUCAGGAGAAGUCGGCGAACUCGGAGAACACCUUGGCCUUCAACUGA